CCAAUCCAGUCCAGUUGCUGUUGUUGUUUGAUGUUUAACAUAACCUAGGUUUGGUCUUCAUAUAAUUAAAUUAAAAAUUGUAACCAUAAUAUUACAGUUUGUCGCGUGUCAACAUCCUAAAUUAUAUUAUUUAGUUUGAAUCCGUACCUACCUUGCAAAAAUACAAGUAAAAUAUAAUACAGAUUAAACAACUUGCCGUUACUCACCAGGAAAAUGUGUGAUAAAUUAACAAACACUUCAUAUUCAAAACAACGGCGGAGUACAACUAACACAUCCACUAGUGGCCUUAACACGAUUGCGCCAACGACUUCGUCUGUUUCUGUUCCAGUGUCCACAGACCUAGCCUCCCUGUUUGAGUGCCCAGUUUGUUUUGACUAUGUUCUGCCACCCAUUCUACAAUGUCAGAGCGGCCAUCUUGUCUGCAGCAAUUGUCGCCCCAAGCUCACUUGUUGCCCAACCUGUCGCGGACCCCUUGGCAACAUUCGUAACCUUGCAAUGGAGAAGGUUGCCAACACAGUGUUUUUCCCCUGCAAGUAUUCCUCCUCGGGCUGCAAUGUGUCGCUGCUUCACCCACAGAAAGUAGAACACGAGGAUCUGUGUGAGCAUCGGCCGUACUCCUGUCCGUGUCCCGGAGCCAGCUGCAAGUGGCAAGGGACUCUUGAACAGGUUAUGCCUCACUUGAUGGUAGCACACAAAUCUAUCACCACGCUGCAAGGCGAGGACAUUGUGUUCCUAGCUACUGACAUCAACUUGCCUGGAGCUGUGGACUGGGUCAUGAUGCAGAGUUGCUUCGGACAUCACUUCAUGUUGGUGCUGGAGAAACAAGAGAAGUACGAUGGACAUCAGCAGUUCUUCGCCAUCGUACAACUCAUCGGCUCCAGGAAACAGGCUGAACACUUUGCAUACAGACUGGAGCUAAACGGCCACCGCCGCAGACUGACUUGGGAGGCAACUCCACGCAGCAUCCACGAAGGCAUCGCCUCGUCCAUCAAUAACUCAGACUGCCUCGUGUUCGAUACUUGCAUUGCUCAGCUGUUUGCUGACACCGGGAACCUUGGAAUCAACGUCACAAUAUCCAUGGUGUAACUGUUUUCAUUUCUUGUUUAUUUGAGAUCAUGAUUCUCUUUCAUAGCAGUUUCAUGACAAGACUGACAUUUUUACUGUAAAAUAUUCAUGUGGUUUCGUUUCAAGGAGAAACAAACUGUCGACGGGUGCUGCGUGUGAAAGGUUACAGAUAAUGUUUUGUCAUUGUUUUGCUAUUAUGACUUUGUCACAUUUUCUUCAUUCACAUUCCGACGUGCAGUUCAAGACUGAUCUUUUAAAAUAAAAUUUUAGUUUAUUUGAGUAAGUUUUAUUUUAUAAUUCAGGGUGUUGGUUAAGAUGAUUUCUUUUUAAGUUUGUGUGUUGUACUCAUCACAUUUUAUGAGUUGAUUAAGUGAAUUAUAAACACUUAGGAGUUGUGUUGUUGCAACUGAAGUACUUGGAUAGAGUAAAACAUCACCGUAUAUUUUGAUAAGAAAGAUGUUUAAUAUUUUGGUAAUAGACUGUGCCAUGUUGCUGUUACCUCGAGAAAAAUAAUUGUAUUUAAAUAAGUACUGUGUUAGGACUUAUUUAACAUGAAAGACACUGUAAAUAUUUUGUGAGCAAUAUAGUUGAUAAAUUUUUU